UCUUGUUUCUGAACCUGCUCUUCACAAACGCCGUUUCCCAUCAUGCCAAGUCUACAGAAGAAAGUCAUUUUUUGCAUGGCCGGGGUGUUAAGCUUUGCUUGUGCCCUCGGAGUUGUGACAGCUUUGGGGACACCAUUAUGGAUCAAAGCCACCGUCCUUUGCAAAACGGGGGCUCUGCUUGUCAAUGCCUCGGGGCAGGAGCUGGACAAGUUCAUGGGCGAGAUGCAGUACGGGCUUUUCCACGGAGAGGGCGUGAGGCAGUGCGGGUUAGGAGCGAGGCCUUUUCAGUUCUCCUUUUUCCCAGAUUUGCUCAAAGCAAUCCCAGCGAGCAUCCACAUCAAUGUCAUUCUCUUCUCUACGAUUCUUAUUCUUUUAACCAUGGUGGGGACAGCCUUCUUCAUGUACAAUGCUUUUGGCAAGCCCUUUGAAACUCUGCAUGGUCCACUAGGAUUAUAUCUCUUGAGCUUCAUUUCAGGCUCCUGUGGUUGUCUUGUCAUGAUAUUGUUUGCCUCUGAAGUGAAAAUCCACCACCUUUCAGAAAAGAUUGCAAAUUAUAAAGAAGGAACUUAUGCUUACAAAACGCAGAGUGAAAAAUAUACCACUUCGUUCUGGGUCAUUUUCAUUUGCUUUUUUGUUCAUUUUCUGAACGGACUCCUAAUACGACUUGCUGGAUUUCAGUUCCCUUUUGCAAAAUCUAAAGACACAGAGACAACUAAUGUAGCUGCAGACCUAAUGUACUGAAAAGUAAUUUUCCGAGUAAGGGAGUAGACUUGCUUUGGUCA